CUUUGGAGUCUGUUUUCAAAGCAUUUGAACAACUCCAGAUCAAGUUGGAGGAUAUCGAUCCCAAGGAAAUUGGUGCCAAAGUCGACGUGCGAGCUGAAUGCGAGGAGAUGUACUACAAAUCAAGAUCCAAAAUUCUUCAUGAAAUACAAAGUCGAAAAUCUACUUUGCGAACAGAAAAUGUUGUAUCUACCGAAACUAAAUCAUCUAAUCAGUUGAAACUUCCAAAGCUUAACAUUCCUAUUUUUACAGGUGAAGUUACCCACAAUGUCUCCAAGCUACACUAUUUGAUUUCCUCUCUAUCUGGUCAAGCUGCUAGGACAAUACAAUCGUUGGAGAUCACUGAUGACAACUAUGAAGUCGCUCUCAAUCUGCUUAUUGAAAACUACGACAACAAACGUGUGAUUGCCACUGAACACAUUAAAAAGGUAAUGAUGUAUCCAGCUAUUCGAAAACCUCCAUCGUCAAGUCUACGUCAAUUUUGUGAUGAGAUCAACAGUCAUCUUCGUGCUCUUACUACACUUGGACGUCCUGUAAGCCAAUGGGAUGACCUACUAGUUCAAAUACUUCUCCCAAAACUCGACAGUGCAACACUUAACAAAUGGAACGAAGAAGGACCCACCGAAAGAAUGCCCAGUUACCAGGAGCUUAUAAAAUUUCUUACCAAACUUUUUGUAGCCGAAACUGGCAUAGUAAACGAAUCGCAAGAUCUGUCGAAAGAAUUGCAUCUGUUCGUGAAAGUGUAA